UCCUCCGGUUGUGUUGUUAAUGUGAAGCAUAUGAACUGUGAGGGCCACUUCUACGAACAUUGCUUCACGGUUCCCCCACCACCCAUUCCUCAAUUUUCGCGUUUCUGAAACCACUUAACGCCAUUACUGCAACUUUAACUAUAGUGUCUUCUUCCUGUUAUCGAUUCCUUCUAGUAGCCCAAAUCCUUUCUUUCUAUUAAAGUUUUGUUCUUUGUUUUAUAAUCUCAUCAGUUCUUUGCGAAGCCAUGAAGGUCUUUAGCUGGGUUUUUUUGGUGUUCAUCUUGCAUUUAUUGAGCCCUGCUUUGAGCUUAAAUGGGUUGGCAUUGGAUAUCUCAAUAAGGUUUCUGAAUUAUGCCAAGAAAGAGGAGCUUGUCAAUUGGAUGGUGGGUGUGAGGAGGAAGAUACAUGAGAAUCCAGAGCUGGGUUAUGAGGAAUUUGAGACCAGUAAGCUUAUUAGAGCAGAAUUGGAUAAAAUGGGUAUCAAAUAUAAAUACCCAGUUGCAGUUACUGGUGUUGUUGGCUUCGUUGGGACUGGCAAACCUCCUUUUGUUGCGCUAAGAGCGGACAUGGAUGCUCUUGCUAUGAAGGAAAUGGUAGAGUGGAAGCACAAGAGUAAAGUUCCUGGGACGAUGCACGCUUGUGGACAUGAUGCUCAUGUCACUAUGCUUCUUGGUGCUGCAAAGAUCCUUCAGGAGCAUCAGGAAGAGUUAAAGGGUACUGUUGUUCUUGUUUUCCAACCAGCUGAGGAAGGAGGUGGGGGGGCAAAGAAAAUGAUAGAUGCAGGAGCUUUAGAGAAUGUCAAUGCUAUCUUUGGGUUGCAUGUUGAUCCCAUGUUGCCAAUAGGUCAAGUGGCUUCCAGACCUGGUCCUCUGCUGGCUGGGAAUGGCUUCUUUGAAGCGGUAAUAAGUGGAAAAGGAGGUCAUGCUGCCAUUCCUCAGCAAUCAAUUGACCCAAUAUUGGCAGCUUCUAAUGUGAUUGUUAACUUACAGCAUCUUGUUUCAAGGGAAGCUGAUCCACUGGACUCACAGGUGGUGACCGUUGCAAAAUUCCAAGGGGGUGGUGCGUUCAAUGUUAUUCCAGAUUCUGCUAAAAUUGGUGGCACCUUCCGAGCAUUUUCAAAAGAAAGCUUUAUGCAACUUAGGCAGCGCAUCAAUGAGGUUAUCACAAGGCAAGCUUCUGUACAGAGGUGUAAAGCAUCUAUUGAUUUCCUUGAGAAUGACCCUCCUACUGUGAACAAUGAACAAUUGCACAAGUAUUUCAAAAUUGUUGCAGGAGGUGUGCUUGGCAUUGAUAACAUUAAAGAUAUGCCACCAUCAAUGGGAUCUGAGGAUUUUGCCUUUUAUCAAGAGGUGAUUCCUGGAUACUUCUUCUUUAUUGGAAUGCAGAAUGAGACACGUAAACAGCUUCAAUCUCCUCACUCACCCUUAUUUGAAAUUAACGAAGAUGUCCUUCCUCAUGGUGCUGCACUUCAUGCAUCAUUGGCUGCUAACUAUCUUCUUGAAUUCCAAACAGAAGUUCCUUUGCCAGAGGAAACACAUCAUGACGAACUGUGAGAUUUUUCUCGACUGACUUCACAAUUGAUAUAAACUUGAUGACUUGAAAGCUUUAAAAUUUUUCAGGUCAACAUUGUGAUUCUGCUUCUGAUGUAUAUAUGACUUAUUGAAGUUAAAUUUGACAUAUCCAAUUUGAAUUUAUUUUUUUA